GCACGUUUCUCGGCGUCGCGACGCCACGCCACUCCGCCGCCGCCGUCUGAAUGACAUCCGACACGCCAUCGCGGUCGUCCUCCAGAAAUGGAAUACAUUUGCAAAUUCAAAAAGAGAAUGGUGUACCCUGAGCAAUUGAAUUUGGACCAAAUCGGAGGGAAAUCGGAUCAAAAUGCGCCAUCGUGGUGUAGUGAACCUUUGGAAACGGCCUGCAAUAAUAUCAACGCCAAAUUGCCGGACUCUCCAGUUAAAGAAUCCAUCCAAGAUAGUUCGUACAAAAACGGAACCAUACCUCACAUGGCGAAUAGGCAAUUCAUCCAGGACCGCAUAAGGCACCUGGUGGACGCCUUCUCCACGAGAACGAUGGCGGCGCGCGAACGGAUCGAAACGCCGGCGACGCCGAGCUCCAUAAGCAGCAGAGAAACCGUAGAUCAACACCCGGCGGCGCCGGUCAAGCACAAAUUGAGCGUCUCCUUCUCCGACAGAUACAUGGAGGAGGAAGCCGAUAAGGUGGAAUUCCCAUCGACGAAAAUCGGAUUCGCGCGAUUUUUCGAUAAGAAAAUAAUAGACCCGAACGGUAGAUUCUACAUGUUGUGGAUGUCGAUAGCGGCGAUGGCGGUGUUCUACAACGCCUGGGUGAUACCGUUAAGGAGCACUUUCCCGUAUCAAUCGGCCGAUAACAGAGCCGUCUGGAUGACCUUCGAUUAUUUGGCCGAUUUGAUUUACCUCAUCGACAUGACGUGCUUUCAACCGAGAGUGAAAUAUCUGAGCGACGGUUUCUGGGUGGUCGAUAUCAAACUACUCCGAAGCAAUUACAUGAAAAGCAAUCGAUUUAAAUUGGAUCUUCUGUCGUUGCUACCGUUAGAUCUCCUCUACUUGAUACUGGGACCGGAGCAAGUUAUCCUUCGCCUGCCGAGGUUCUUCAAAGUGCACACCUUCUGGUCGUUCUUCAGCCUAAUCGACAAGCUCCUGUCCAAUCCGUACAUCAUCAGGAUCUCCAGGACGUUGAUGUACAUGAUGUACCUGAUACAUUUGAACGCGUGCGCCUACUAUUCCUUCUCCUCUUGGGAGGGCAUUGGCAGCAACAAUUUCGUGUUCAACGGCAAAGGUAACGCGUACAUCAAGUGCUUCUAUUUCGCCACCAAAACUGCCACAUCGAUAGGUAAAAAUCCGAAGCCGACGCAAGAAUUCGAAUUCAUGUUUAUGACGUUCUCUUGGCUGAUGGGCGUCUUCGUUUUCGCCCUUUUGAUCGGCCAAAUUCGUGAUAUCAUUUCGACCGCUACGAGAUCUCGCACCGAAUACAGGAAAUUGGUCAACGAAACGUUGGAGUACAUGCGAAGGUUGAAUCUACCGCAAGACGUCCAACGCAGGGUCCAAUUGUGGUUCAAUUACACCUGGAAGACCCAAAGAACACUCGAUGAAAACACCAUAAUGGAUUGUUUGCCGCACAAAAUGAAAACCGACAUAUCCAUAAACGUGCACAUACAAACGUUGAGCAAAGUGACAUUGUUCGCGGAUUGCGACGAGGCUCUGCUCAGAGAAUUGGUGUUGCAAUUGAAAUCCGUUAUUUACCUACCAGAUGAUAUAAUAUGCAAAAGGGGCGACGUGGGCAAAGAGAUGUACAUAAUUCAAUCCGGUAAAGUACAAGUAAUAGGUCCGACGGGUGAAGUACUUGCCACGCUUUCCGAAGGCUCCGUGUUCGGAGAAAUAAGCCUUUUAGGCAUACCGGGGAUGAGUAGACGCACCGCCGACGUAAGAUCUCAAGGUUAUUCGAAUCUCUUCGUGCUAAGCAAAGCCGAUUUGAACGAAGCUUUGGCUCACUAUCCAGAAGCUCAAGAAUUGCUCAAUAAGAAAGCCAAGUCGCUGAUGAAGAAAAACGCCGCCAUCGAGAGGAAACACAAGGCUAUGAUUGUCAUCAACAAUCCGGAGCCGCCGGAUAGGAACAACAAGUUUUUGGAUACCGUUUUGCAAGUUUUACCGCCUAAUUCAGCUACGAACAGACUGCUGAGGUUCGGAAGUAGAGGCAAGCCUAGGCGAAACCCCGAGAACGACAUAUUCAAAUAUCGCAACAGUUUACCGUUGAUAAAAGGCCAUCACGGCAUCGACAUAGACAAUUAUUUCGGCGAAGAUCUAAACAUAUAAUAAACUAUUUAGUUACCUAUAGUUUAGUUCUUGACUUGCG